CGUUCCAAUCACAUCAUCAAUAGCUUAUAGUGCAUUCGUUUCCUUUGACAUCGACAAUCUUCACAUACAAUAUGAGAUUCUGCUUUGUCCUACCUGUGCUGGUACUCGCUGCGGUGGUGGUGGAGUGUUCGCACACAUUUCUGGGCACGAGUGUGCUCAGACAGCUGGUCUUCCAUCAGGACGUCAAAUACAGCGGGAACACGUUGUCAAAGCGUAUCGAGUAUUUGAACUAUACAUUACCCGCUACGAUCGGUUAUGGACGGACUAUUCAGGGUAUCCUAGCCUACGACAAGACCAAUAGUGCCUCAGCGAAUGUGACCGCCGGUGGGGUGGGCUACCCCUACGUAUCACUUCGAAUGAAGAGCGAAAGGCGGAAGGACAUACGAUACGACGUGUACAUUUAUGCUUAGACAAAAGAAAAUUUAUUUAACUGUAUAGACUGAAAUCAAUGUAAAUACUAAUUUAUUUAACAGCAAAAUAUCAAGCUAAUAAAUAAUUAAAACCUA